AUGGAAUCGUAUGCACGAAACAAUAGUUACGUGAUACCGGGAGUCUAUGAUAUCGAAAUACAAGAUGCGGGAUGGAUUAUGAUUGCAUCUAUUAUGAUUUUCACCAUGCAAACUGGCUUUGGUCUUCUGGAGUCUGGAAUUGUUUCGCGAAAGAACCAAGUAAAUAUUAUGAUGAAAAACAUUGUAGAUGUUGUACUCGGUGGAUUUACAUACUAUCUAUUUGGCUAUGGAUUAUCUUAUGGCCGAAGUGACUACACAACUCCAUUCAUUGCAUUCGGUGAUUUUAUGGUGGAUCCAAGCGUGUCAGAUAAGCUAAUGGGACAAAUUUGCACUGCAUUUUUCUUUCAAUUAUCAUUUGCGACAACAGCAACGACAAUAUUGUCAGGAACUGUUGCGGAAAGAAUUAAUUUUCACGCUUAUUGCUUAUUUUCGUUAAUUAAUACUAUUGUUUAUUGUAUACCAGCUGGAUGGGUCUGGAGUGAGACUGGCUGGCUGAGGAAUCUUGGAGUAGUUGAUAUUGCUGGAAGUGGACCAGUUCAUCUUUUAGGUGGUGCAAGUGCCUUUGCAGGUGCAAUAAUGCUCGGUCCACGUCACGGCAGAUAUGACAAGCCAAACAAACCAGCACCACCAAUGGGAAAUCCAAUCAAUGCAUGUAUUGGACUGUUUUUCCUUUGGUUUGGAUGGCUUGCAUUCAACUCUGGCUCAACAUAUGGUUUGACAGGAUAUAAAUGGGAAUAUGCAGCCCGUUCAGCAUUUAUGACAAUGUUGGCAUCAUUUGCAGGCGGCUGUUAUGCUUUAGCACAUUCAAUGAUUAAAAAUAAAGGCAAACUGGAUCCAUCAGACAUCAUCAACGGAAUUCUUGCAUCACUUGUUGCUAUCACAGCUGGCUGCUUUUUAUUUCGCGCAUGGGAAUCGAUACUUGUUGGCACAAUUGGUUCCAUUUUCACACUUUUCUCGCUUCCGCUGUUCGACAAAAUGAAAAUUGACGAUCCUGUCGGUGUACUUGCCGUUGGAAUUUUUGGCGACGAUACCAAAAUGGAUUCCACAAGUGGUCGUUCAGGAUUACUGAAAGGCGGAGGAAUGUAUUUGUUGUCAGUUCAAGCAUUGGCAGUUAUUUGUAUAAUAUGUUGGGGAAUUUUUUCAACAUUCCUCUUACUAUGGCUUGUCAACAAAAUUACACCACUUCGUAUGAAUGUUGAGGAUGAAAUUUUGGGAGCAGAUUAUACGGAACAUAACAUUAUGCCAUCACUUCAGGCGAUUGAAAAGGACAUGAAAUCAUCGGCAUCAGUAAAAUCAGACAACGACAACAACAAUUCGGAUGGAAGAGAUGAAAAAAUGAAAGUUGAUGGAAGAAAUGUUGGGGAGAAUGUUAUGUCCCAAGGGUUUCGUUUGCAUGAUAAUAACAAGAUGGCUGACAUUUAUAAAACCUAUUUCAGCAAUGAGAGGAUAUUGAAUCGAUCGAAGGCAUCAGCCCGAGAAAAUUUGGGUUUUCAACAUGACAGUGCGUGAGCAAU